AAAACGAAUAUACUAAAAUCACUUUGAAAAUCAUAACUAAAAUUCCGCUCUACACUGCACGCCUAUGACCUCUGUCAGAAAUAAACAAAUAAAAUAAAAUUUCGGCGUCCCUGCCGUUUAAUGACAGGAUGGUAUCCCCUAAUGGCGGCGUGCGCAGAAAAGAUGCGCGUGAGAGUUAGCCUGCUGAUUGUUUUUGUAUAUGUUGUGCUACUACUACAGGAUAAGGAAAGCUUAUCCUCAUAAGGUCUGUGUGGAUCAAAUCUCAAGCCCCCCACCACGCCCAAGAACCUGUGAUGACGUGCAGCGUGUCGUUACUCUCCUUGACGUAGGUGUCGGUCGCACCGGUGUCACACUCACACUGGGUGUGUCAUUCCUGAACUCGCCCCUGGUUAUGAUUCCGCGUAUGCACAAAGCAAAAGCGCUUUGUGCAUACAUGGUUUUAGUACAGUGAAACAUUCUAAAACAACGCUUUUCCAGAUCUUGUUUGCUUCUUCCUCUUAUUUGCUUAUUGUUAUAAUAGAAUAAAAUAUAGCCGCGAUUCCCAGAAACGAGGCGGACAAGCAAUAGAGCUACUCGCUCCGGUGAUAGUCGACCCCGAUUUGAAAGAAGAGAUACGCUUACUUUCCUGCAUUUAAAUGGUCUGAGUUGAGCUUGAGUACUCAGGUGCAACAAACACUUUUCGAAAGGAAUAAGCGCGUAACACCCCGGAGCUGUUCCGGAGCUCCUUCUAAGUGUGAAAGGAAUACAACUACUCCUAAGUAGUAGUGUGUAUUAUCCUUGCAUCCCUGUGACGUUUGACGUUCCUUGUUGUCAAGCAUGCGCAUUCCGAGGCAGUGGCAUUCCGCAUUCUUUUGUUUUUAAAUUUUAAGUUUACUAUUUUAGAGACUUGAGCUGUGGAAUUUUCAAAUUUUUUUAUAUUUCAAUUUUUUCCUGCUCUGACUCUGCAUCCUAACCUGAGAAGUGAGAACUGUAGAAUUAAAAGAAAGUGAUAAAUUUAUAAGGUAGACCUCUAGAUGGCAGAUCCAAAAAUUUCAAAAGUCCAUCAACAAUUUGUUGAUCAAAUUCCUUUUCAAGGGUUUAACAUAGAUGAUACCGAAGGUCUUAAUAAAUUAGAAGGCAGACAUCCUUGUCCAAAAUGUGGAAAAUCCAGGAAAUUGUUUUGUUACUCUUGUUUUAUUCCAAUAUCUCCUCUACAAGGAAAAUUACCCAAAGUAAAGUUACCUAUAAAAAUUGACAUAAUCAAACAUAAACAUGAAAUAGAUGGAAAAAGCACUGCUUGUCAUGCAGCCCUACUAGCAAAUGAAGAUGUGAAUAUAUUCACCUAUCCAGAUAUUCCUGAUUAUACUAAUGAAUCAGUGGUGAUGAUUUUUCCUGGUCAAAACGCCAUCAGUGUUAGUCAGUUGGUGAGCGGUAGCAGUUUUGAAAGCAUACUGGAGUAUCAACAACAACCAUUGGAUCAGUUGCCUUCUGGCUACAAUCGAAGUACUUUGAUGCAAACCAUUCCAAAAACUAGACAAGAAUAUGGAUUUAUGCAAAGAACCAAAAAUUUGCCAAUUACUAAAGCUAUAUUUAUUGAUAGCACUUGGCAUCAAUGUAAAAGCAUAUACAAAGAUGAAAAAAUACGUGCCAUACCUUGUGUAGUCAUACAAAACCGAAUUUCGCAGUUUUGGAGACAUCAAAAAGGCAGUCCAAGGUGGUAUUUGGCUACUAUUGAAGCAAUUCAUCAAUUUGUGUUGGAAAUCCAUUUGCAUUGCUGGGGUCUGAACCCAGUUUAUACAGGUAUUAGAAAUUGUUUUACUGAAAAUAAUAUAGAGGAAAUUCAAAAUUUAUAUAGUAAUGAUAGUAAGGCUUAUAAUGGACAAUAUGACAAUUUACUAUAUUUUUUUAAGCAUAUGUAUAAUGUAAUACAUAGCUAUUAUGAUCAUGAAGAUCUUUAUGCAUAUAAAAGGAGACUUAUGUAGUUAUAAAUUUAUUAUUAACAUGUCUGAGAUUUAUUUAAUUUUAUACUGUCUUACUUUAAUAUGUGAUUACCUUGACUCGCAUAAAUGUCCAAUUUUUCUAGAUCCAGCUCAGUACCUAAUGAGCCCUAUGCUACAAUAAAAAUUAACGAACUGUUUGCCCUUCUCCAUCAGCAUUACAAUUCAUACUUUAAUAAACAACUGUUUAGAAUGGGCCUGUUCGGGUUUGAAAAAAGGAUGGUUUUAGAACGGUUCAAAACAAUCGCACAGUUUAUCAAUCAACAAAAUGACAACAACUUGGCUAUCACAAAUUUCAAUAAUAAACUGUGUGAUUGUUUUGAAUGGUCCUCUUUUCAAACCCGAACAAAGCUUAUGUAUGCACUAGUAAUUUUUGCAAAUAUUUAAUGUCUCUUUUUUACUCUUGUGAAAAAUACUUUUUCCUACAGCCGUGCGGAAAAAUCGAUUUUCCGUACUGUUAUGCGUGCGGAACAUGAGUUUUCCCGCACGGUGCGGUAAAACUUUUACCGCACGCAUAUCAGUGCGGAAAAAGUUUUUCCGCACGGCUGUCAGUGCGGAAAAAAUUUUACCGCACUGAUCUGUCAAAAAAAAAAGAAAAAUAUUACAUUUUUACGCCUGUAGGAAAAAUAUUGUACCUAACACUUGCGGAAAAUAUUUUUCCGCACUCGGCUGCUUCACCGAAUUCCGCUACGCGUCGUUCGGUGAACGGCAGCCGCGUGCGGAAAAAUUCAUUUUCCGCACUUGUUAGGUAAAUAGCUAUUUUCUGCGAUUGACAAGAAAUAUCAGCAUUUUUGAUCGGUUGACAGGUCGAAAACUCAAUAUUCUGGUAUUGCAAUUAUGUUUCAAUAGUUGCUAAGGAAUCAAUGAAUAACAAUACGGGAAACACUUUUCCGGCCUAGGCCGGGAAAGUGAUUCUCGUACUUCUGAAUAAUUGGAACUAAAAGAUAAACAUUUAACAGGUAUUUAACCGAUCGCAGAAAAAAUAGUAUGUGUAUUUCGGUGGAAAAACACAUUCUCGGCCUUCGGUGUUUGCCGGCCUCGGCUACGCCUCGCCCGUCAACUUACACCGUCGGCCGAGAAUGUGUCACUUUUCCACCUAAAUACACAAUAUACUAUUAUUUGUCACUCAUUUGUACACACAACAAAUAAAUUAUUGUACAUCAUACGCCAGGUAUCAGUUUUUACUGGCUCUUGAAGGUGACAAGCUCGCCUGACGGCUCGCUACUCAUUUCCUUCAAUCACCAGUGAAAACUGUUUUACUUGGCUAAUAAUGUGAAAUACUAUUCAGCGGCGGAUUUAGGAUUCCUUCUAGGGGGGGGCGAUCCAUCAGGGCCUCAGGCUCAGAUAAGAAAUAAUAAAAAAACGACUUAAAUAUACAGAGUGGCAAAAAAGUCGCGUAAAUACCUGUAACUUUCUAAUUACCUCGUAUACGAAAAAGUGACCUUAAUGAAAGUUGCUCAGUAAAUUAGGGACAUAAAGCUUCCGUAUUUUUUGCUCGGUAUCCGUAUCGGUAUCGUACUGCGCAUGUGCAGAAGCGAUACGGAGGCCGAGAUACCGUACGUACAACGUAACGUUACGGCCCUCUCGCGGUAUCCGUAUCGGUAACGUAUCUUGACAUUCCUGACGCAUGUGUCAAAUUUCAAAUGAAUAUAACCUCCCUUUUCUUCCGGGUUGAUUUAAUUUGUUUAGUUUAUACUUUCUUGAGUUUCUUGUGUGUUUAGUGCUUCUCUAUCGCAAAAAAAAUAACAAUUUUAAGGUUAGAUAUAAAAACGCCGAAGUUUUGAGACAAAAAUGUCUAGGUUAUGAAAUGCGUUUACGUUUACCGGAACAGGGAGCGCUUUAACAGCCUUUUCGCUUGUCAACGUAUCUAGUUGCGUUACGGCUACCGAUACCGAUGAAUUAUUUCAAGUAGCUUUAUGUCCCUAAUAUUUCCCACAAUUCUACUUAAACGUAUUGCCUGUGUCACUUCUGGUUUGUUUGCUAUCUAGACCAACUUUCUUUUUUUCAAAUAAAACACCCUGUAUGUGAUUGCAUAUUUGGAUUCUACGUAAAAUUCUGAGCAGAUUUCAUGUGAUAUACCCUAUACCUAAGUUCAACUGUUUUGGAAAUAUUGACAGUUGAACAUUGACUUUUUGCAACUUUGACAGGCUGUAAAACCUGAACGGUUAAUUUCAGAGGAAAACCGAUUUCACAUUCCUAUCUUAGAUUUUCAUAAACUAUCAUUUGACAUCAACAUUUAAUUUAAUCGGAGAUUAAAUUUAAUUGGAAUUUUCAAUUAUAGAUUAAAUUCAAAGUUGGUGCGGAUUUACGUCAUCCGCAGUCGAUUCGCUCCCAGCUCGCUGCUGCCAAACGUAUUUAAAAGUAUUAAAAAUUUGGAAAAAUAGCAAAAACCAUAUGGAAUUUCAUGUUGGAUAAUGCUUGAUGAAUAUGUUUGUGUUUUCGUUAAAAAUUUCGUUGUUGCGUCGCUCAAUAGGGGGGGGGGGGGGGGCGCCCCCCUCUACAUCCGCCACUGAUACUAUUUAUGUAUGGGUUGCAUACUAGUAUUUUACAAUUAACAAGUAGUGGCUAAGGAAGUGUUUAGCAAUAUACAAUUUUUUUCAUUGCUAUUUAAAGUUCAUGAGUAAAUCAGUAUUAUUCCUGUUCUUACACCAUAAUAAUAAUUAUUCAAAUUUUUGAAGGCAUUUUUUUACAAACACAGUACAAACAGUUGUUAAUGUAUAGGAGGAUUGAUCAUUAAUACAGUGCCAAAACCUUCGUCAAAAUUGUUAAAAAACUUUAUAACAAUUCAAUUAAUAAUAAUUUGGCUAGUUUAAUUUUUUAUCAAUCAUGUUUAAUGACGUUCUAAGAUUAAUUUAAUUAGUUGAUUUCGUUUUCAAUCAUGUUUUAUUAUAAUGUUAAUUAAUAAAGUUUGUUAUAAGAA